CUUUUUGCUAACAUAUAUUCCUCACAACCCUUCUCCUUCAAUUCAACCCAACUUAACACUCAUCAAUUUCCACUCCUUGCAACCAUAGUCACAAACUCAAAUAUCUAUCCAAAUUUCUAAUAAUUUUCUUCCCAAAAUCACAAUAGUAUCAUGAGUUUGGAGGAGUAUGGAAAGAAGCCGGUGUCGGUUGGGCCGUGGGGAGGCAACGGCGGAUACCGGUGGGACGACGGCGUGUAUUCAUCGGUGAGGCAGUUUGUGAUUGUUCAUGGUGAAGGAAUUGACUCCAUUCAGGUUGAAUAUGACCAUAAUGGAAAUUCUAUUUGGUCAGGGAAGCAUGGUGGAAGUGGUGGCCAUAUAACUGACAAGGUGAAGCUUGAUUAUCCAGAUGAAUAUCUAACAUCAAUUGAGGGAUACUAUGGAAGCUUAAGCCAAUGGGGUGCUUGCUAUGUUAGGUCCUUGAGUUUUGAGAGUAACAAAAGAACUUAUGGACCCUUUGGUUCUGAAAAAGGAAUACAUUUUUCAUUGCCAGUUUCUGGGGCAAAGGUAGUUGGAUUCCAUGGUAGAUGUGCUUGGCACUUAGAUGCCAUUGGUGUGUACCUAAACUCCUUCCAACCAAACCCAUCAAAGGCUUUGUCUCUUUCAAAAAGUUACUUAGUUAACACUACUACUACUGAAGCUUCUGGUGGCUACUCUGUUAUACAAGGAAGUGUUGGUCAAGGAUUUGAUAUUGUUCUUGCUUUGAGACAAAAAGAUGAACUUGGUAAUAAGCCUAUGGGGAAGAUUUCUAGUUUCAAUGAGUCUAAAGUUGUUGAAGAACCUUCCUUGGGGAAGAUUUCUAGCUUCAACAAGGAGUCAAACAAUAUUGAAGAACCUAAAGAAAAGGUAGGUCAAGUGGAGAAGACACCUUCAAUGGUUGAAGGUAUAGUAACAUAUGGCCCUUGGGGUGGUAGUAGUGGAUACUUAUUUGAUGAUGGACCCUACAAUGGAAUUAGGCAAAUCAACUUGUCCAGGAAUAUUGGAAUUGUAUGGAUUAGAGUUUUGUAUGAUUUGGAUGGGGAAAGAGUCUGGGGUCAUAAACAUGGUGGAGCAGGAGGAUACAAAAAUGAUAAGAUAUUCUUUGAUUUUCCAUAUGAAGUCCUAACACAUAUAUCUGGGUACUAUGGAUCUGUGAUGUACAUGGGACCUGUGGUAAUAAAAUCACUAACCUUUCACACAAAUAAAAGGUUGUAUGGACCAUUUGGAGAAGAACAUGGGACUUAUUUCACAACAAAGCUUAUUAAAGAAGGGAAAGUGGUUGGAAUCCAUGGUAGAAAUGGUUUGUUUCUUGAUGCUCUUGGUGUGCAUGUCAUGGAAGGGAAAGUAAUGGCACCAGUGAAGGCACCCCCUUCUCCUUCUUCCAUGGCAAUGAUCCCAAGAGAACCAACCAUUCCUGAAAUAAUGGAAAGUCCUCAAUUGCCCUUGCCAGCUAGAUUGUCACAUUCUAAAUCAGCACCUGUUGAAGAGAUCCCUUAUGGUGUGAUAAAAGAACCAGCACCAUGUGGGCCAGGUCCAUGGGGUGGGGAUGGAGGAAGACCUUGGGAUGAUGGGGUGUUUUCUGGAAUUAAGCAAAUUUAUUUGACAAAAGCACCAGAAGGCAUUUGCUCAAUUCAAAUUGAGUAUGAUCGAAACAAGCAAUCUGUUUGGUCUGUUAGGCAUGGUGGUAAUGGAGGCAAUAUCAUGCAUCGGGUAAAAUUGGAGUAUCCACAUGAAGUAUUAACUUGCAUAUCUGGCUAUUAUGGUCCAAUUACUGCUGAUGAACAAGCAGUAAUAAUAAAGUCACUAACAUUAUACACAAGUAGAGGAAAGUUUGGUCCAUUUGGUGAGGAAGUAGGCAAGUUUUUCACUUCAACAACAACUGAGGGUAAGGUCGUAGGUUUCCAUGGCAAGAGUAGCAUCUACUUGGAUGCAAUUGGAGUUCAUAUGCAACACUGGCUUGGAAGUCACAAACCUUCAAAAUCAUCAUCAAUAUUCAAGUUAUUUGAUUUGUGAACAACUCAUAAGUAUUAAGGAUCAAAUAUUUUAGUUAAUUACCUACAUGAUUACUUGUUAUACUAUGAAUAACUAACACUUUGGUUACACUACAUGUUGGGACCAAAUGUAAGGCUUCUUUGUUAUACUAUAGAGAAGAAUGAUGAUAAUUCAUUAUACAUAAUUAAAAGGUUUAGUUUAAAUAAGAUGCAUAUUUUGUUUUCU